AUGGUCAGUAAUUACAAAAGAAAAAGUGAGAGAAGAGGGUGGAUCGAUGGUCAGUUGCAAUUGGCUGUUGAUUAUGUACACAGUGGUAAAUCGAUAAAAAUUUCCGCUACUAAGUUCGGUGUACCUAGAACGACCCUUGGAAGAAGAUUAAAAAAUCCAAGUGUAAUGAGUGUUGGGUUCCAAAAAGUAUUUUCUCAUGAGCAGGAACAAGUUCUUUGCGAUUACGUGCUUGACAUGGAAAAAAGAUUGAUGGUGCUGUCAUCAAUGGAGCUAAGGCAAUUAGCUUACAAUUUUGCCAUUAAACUUGGUGUAACACAUCCUUUCAAAUCAGAAACUUGUCUCGCAGGAAAAGAUUGGCUGCACAGUUUCAUGAAAAGGCAUGAGCUUUCCAAUAGAAAAGCUCAGCCAAUAUCUGCAGCAAGGGCUAAUGGAUUUAAUAAAUACAGUGUUAAUGAGUUUUUCUUACUGCUGAAAGAAGUUUUAGAAAAGUAUGAGAUCAGUGCUGUUAACAUUUGGAAUGUUGACGAGACUAGCAUUUCAAUUGUGCCAAAGUCUGAUACGAGAGUCAUUGCCAAAAGAGGAAGACAUCAGGUUGGAGGAAAAAUAUCUGCUGAACGAGGUGAGACUGUCACUGCAGAGUUGUGCAUGUCUGCAGCAGGUGCCUUCAUGUCACCGAUGCUUAUUUUUUCUCGGGUUAAGCCAAACGACUUGUUUUUUAACGAUAAACCAGUAGGAUCUUGGGCUGUUUUCCGGAAAAGUGGCUGGAUGGAAACAGAUGUUUUUACUCAAUGGUUCAUUAAAUUCAUUGAAUUUUCAAAAGCAUCUCUAGAGAACCCAGUGUUGUUGAUUUUGGAUGGACACUGCUCUCAUGUGAAAAAUCUUGAAGUGGCAGAGUUAGGUAAAGAGAAAGGUAUCAUUGUUCUAUGCUUCCCGCCACAUUGCACGCAUCGAAUGCAACCACUUGACGUCGGUUUCAUGAAGCCAUUGAAUUACUAUUAUGCGGAGGAGGUGAACAAGUUUCAGCGAAGUCGUUCCCAAGUCCAGAUGAAAGAUGUGUUUGGAAUUUUUGGCAAAGCUUGGCAAAAAGCAUGUAAAAUAGACACGGCCGUCAAUGCUUUUAAGACAACCGGUAUUUGGCCAUGCAAUGAUUCAGUUUUUAAUUCCUACUUUUCUGAUACUUCAGACUCCACUCAUAAUUCGGAUUCCUGUAACGCGUCUUUGUAUAAAGAAACAAUCGACACCAUUAUGAGUGAGUCAACUGGCAGCAAUAAAUCUAAUGAUCGUCACUCAAAUUCAUCCUCGACUUCCGAUGUGACUACAAGAAAUGUGCAUCAUGUAUCAUCAUCCAUUACUAAGCCUAUAUUGGAGACUUGUUCGCCAGUGGAGCCAACAAUGGAAGUUCCUCUCUCUCAUAUCAAAAAUUUUAUAUCAUUUCUUCAAACAGCUGUUGAUGAACAUGAAAGUUAA